GCACGUCUCGCAUGUUGUGAACGCGCCUAAAGCUCGCGCGUUGCAUUCUGGAUGCAGCAGCUUGAAAAAUGGCGGACGACGUUGAACAGCAACCGACCACCAACACGGUAGAAGAGCCGCUGGAUCUCAUUCGGCUGAGUUUGGAUGAGCGAAUUUACGUGAAGAUGAGGAACGACAGAGAGCUUCGUGGAAGAUUACACGCUUAUGAUCAACAUUUGAACAUGAUCCUCGGUGACGUGGAGGAGACGGUGACGACAGUGGAGAUCGACGAGGAGACGUAUGAGGAAAUUUACAAGUCGACGAAGAGGAACAUCCCCAUGCUGUUUGUCCGUGGUGACGGGGUCGUGCUGGUGGCGCCGCCGCUGAGAGUCGGUUAAACGUCGCUCUGUCUCUGAAUCUCGGUUUGGACUGUAAAUUAUGAGGCUUGACUUUUGUGUUAUCUGAAUAAACCGCAGGUUUGUAAAGUUUUUGUACGUUUAGUUGAAAUGUUACGCUGAUCAGUUCAGUAUCUGCAUUACAAAGUUCAUGUUCGACUUUGUAUAUUUCAGUUUUCCACUCUGAGCAGUUAUGGGUUUUCUGUAAAUGCUUUAGUUUCACAAAGGAAAUAAAAAAAGUGUUGACGA